AACGAACUGAAAAAGCGUGUAAACCCGGUGCCGCCCCGCGAUCUAGACGCGAGUUGACAACUAAUGCAAAAAACUGUGGGCCUUGGGAAAACGGGGAAUGGAUCCGUCCAAAAAAAGGGUCCAAAAACUCGCACACUAAACUUUGGCCUUAUUUCCUCAUCUAUAAAAUGUUGCUAUAAUAUAUAAUUAUUAUAGGAGGAUGCAGAGGAACAGGCUUAAGUUUAGCACUCAGCACGCUUCUGUUUUCAUCAUCAAUCAUCUAAUAAUAAAAAAAGAGACGAACCGCCCUACCUAUUCUCUCUGAUUACGCCACGUCUUCUCACCUUUUUUUUUUUUCCUCUUUCCUCUUUCUCUUACUUUCCAGCGAAAUAAUUUUUAAAAAGAAAAAAAAAAAAAACAAAACCCUCGCUUUCGUCUUGCUUUCGCUUUCAUCCUCCAUUUUCAAGCCACAUCAUCCCCUCUCACAAGCCAUGCCCACCGACGAUCCCCCUCGGACUUCCGCCCCCGUUGAAGUCCGGGGCGUUUGGUCUUCCAAUCUCGACCAUGAAUUCAAGCUGAUCAGUUCUGUAAUCGAUCUCUUUCCAUUCGUCUCCAUGGACACGGAGUUCCCCGGCGUCAUCGUUCGUUCCCUCUCUGGACUUCCUGACCCCCCUCAAUCUCCCUCUGCCGUCAACUACGUCCUCCUCAAGGCCAAUGUCGACGUCCUUAACCUCAUCCAGAUCGGCCUUACAAUCUCUGACGCCGACGGUAAUCUUCCCGAUUUUGGCACCGGCAAGCGCUACAUCUGGGAAUUCAACUUCAGGGAUUUUGACGUAGCCCGUGACUUUCACGCCCCAGACUCGAUCGAAUUACUUAGGCAACAAGGGAUUGAUUUCGAUAAGAACAGGGAGCUCGGGAUCGACUCUCUCCGGUUCGCUGAAUUGAUGAUGUCGUCUGGACUCGUUUGCAAUGAGUCAGUGAGUUGGAUCACAUUCCAUAGCCCUUACGAUUUCGGGUACCUGGUUAAGAUUCUGACUCGGCGUGAUUUGCCAUCCGAGUUAGACGAGUUUCUAACUCUGGUGGGGACCUUUUUUGGCGCUAAUGUUUAUGAUGUGAAGCAUAUGAUACGCUUCUGUGCCAGCUUGUAUGGUGGGUUAGACCGUGUUGCCAAGUCUCUGGGGGUGGACCGGGUUAUCGGAAAGUCUCACCAGGCCGGUUCAGAUAGCUUGCUGACGCUGCAUGCCUUUAAGAGGAUCAUGGAGGUUUAUUUGGGGAAAGAUGGACCAGAAAAGUACGCCGGCGUGCUCUAUGGGUUAGAGGUUUCUUGAAUGUCUAAACUUCUGCAUAUCGUAGUUAUGUACAAUCCUUGGCAUAUCAAUAAUAUUAGUUCAAUUUGAUCCA